AUGAAUUUAAUUUAAAAGUAUCUAUAUUACUUAAUUGAAAGAUAGGUAAGAAUUAAAUUUUUCAUUCUGUAGAAUAGCAAAAUAAAAAAAUUAAUUAAAUUUGAAUUACAACCAUAUAUGCCACGUGUACACGACUUUUGUUUCAGUAUCCUAUGGACUUGCUUGCGAAGUUAAUUAUUAGCAAACCGCAAUUAAUCUACGGAGAUGGAAUUAUUAGCAGACUAUGGACUUGCUUGCGAAGUUAAUUCACUACAAGAACAUGCCUAAGUUUCAUGGCUUAUCAUAUACCAGUUCCAUGCAGCCGGCAAUUUCUUGAUGCAUCCAUGGAUCAGAGAUUAGACAACCAAUGCAAGGUUAGACGGAAAAUUCUCAAGAUGGUCUCUUGGAGCUGUCCGUCAAAUGGCUGGGUCAAAAUCAACACAGACGGCGCAUGGAAGCCUUCGUUGGGUGUAGCUACAGCGGGCGGAGUGGUACGAGAUAGCUCGGGGAAUUGGUGUGUCGGUUUUUCCAUGCAUCUGACAGGAUGCUCCUCUGCCAUUUUAGCGGAAUUAUGGGGGAUUUUGACAGGUUUAAGAAUCUCUUGGGAAAGGGGAUGCGGUUGUCGAGAGUGAUAGUAAGAUAGCGGUUGAUACCAUAAACAGCCAUCAUCGAAAGGAAUGCCGAGGAGAUGAAAUGAAAGAGUUCUUGCUUAGUUCCAUAGACGAGAUGCUCAAAAUGGAAUGGUUUGUCAGAGUUCAACAUCAAUAUCGAGAAGGAAACAGAGUUGCCGAUGGACUAGCUAAUUGUGGCGUUGAUCUUCCACCGGGCGAUAUUCUUUCAUCAGACCGUCCUUUUAAUAAGAAUAUAUUCAAGUUAUUGAUCGAUGAUCUACAUGGAGUGGCGCUACCGCGAUUGUGUCCGUGUUAGCUCAAAACCUUACAUUAAACAAAUUCUCUAUGUAAUGACAAUAUAAGUUGUUCUUCUUCUUGUAAGAUCAAAAUGUGUAUGUAAUGGUCAAUUAAGAGUGUAAUUUAGAAAUGGAAAGUUAGUAAAUAAUAGUAAGCAUAUGGCAUCUGAUUUGGUUCAUUUUCUCUCUUCUAGGGUUUCAACAACCUUCAUCAACCUCCUCUGCCUCUACUGCUGUGAAAUCACAUCAUCUGUUACUUCAAUUGAGCAGGGAGGAGCUACUCAUGUAGCUAUAACUUGUAACCGAGAAGUAGUGAAGCUUCCGAUCCUUGCUGCAACUAACAUGGACGAUCAAGAACUCACAGAAAGCAUGAGAAAGCUUUUGAUUGUCAUGCAAAGACUGGAUGACAAAAUUGCUCCGAUGCUAGAAGCAGAUGGAGAACUAACAGUGGAUGUAGGAGGAAAUAUAUCUUACAUGAUGAUGGGUUGUACGGAAUGUUGAAUUUGUGUGCAUUUGCAUCAUAUUAGGCGGGGUUUCCUUUCACGCGCUAGCGCCAUGUAGAUCAUCGAACAAUAACUUGAAUAUAUUCUGAUUAAAAGGACGGUCUGAUGUAAGAAUAUAUCUCCUUGUGAAUCUUGUUAUUGUCACGUUCUUUUUUUCAUUCAAGCAGUGUGAUGAUUAUGCUGUGAGUGUACAGGGCGUUACAUAUGGUUAAAUAUUGUGGGUAUCCCUAUUUGUGCAUGGAAGGAGUGAUUGGAACUUUGUUUUGGUGAAUCUAUCUCGAUUCAUCCUAUGGUUCUAUCAAAUGACAGACCUUAUACAGGAUCAGUUCUGAUCUCUACAACUAGCGAACAUAUCCAAGAAUCGAUCAUUGUCAUGAUUCAUGGACGGGAACUCUCUAUUUUUAUUUUAGAAUCCGACAUUCCAAUUAGCUUGAUAAUUCGGAUUCCAUUUAGAUUUCAUCGACGGAGUCGCUGAAUAGUAAGGGGUCCUUUUCAGAUUAUGAUAAAUGUUUGGCAUCUCAUAAUUCUUUAUCUGUAAAGGCAACGAGAUUUUUUGAAAAUCCAACUCCAGCUUUUGGCUUAAAUAUUUCCAAACCUAUUAUUGUUGAAGGGGCUUAUGAUGCAUGUUACUGAUAUUACAUCUGAUUUGGUUCAUGGUGAUGUGGUUGGGGCUUCAAGGGGUUCAGAUGUUGCUGAUAUGGGAAAUGAUGCUGCCAGGCUCCAACUAGUUUCGCUCCAGCAAAUUUCGCAGGUCUCAUUACUCAGAGACGUAAAUGCAAA